UAUUACAAAAUAUAUAUUAAAAAGUGGAAUGUCCGUCAGUGAAAUAGUGUUUGAUUGCAAUAAAAAGCUUUACAUAUAAUUUAAAUCUACUUGGAAUUAUUCCAGAGAGAUUGAUACAAUUCUUAUUCCAAAAAUGUUGAGGCUAUUAAACUUAUCAAGAAAAUCCUCUUUAAGAAGUACGGCUUCGCAACAACACCUCGCUUAUCGUGUCCUUCAUUCAUCGACAAAUGUCAAAUCAAAUACUCUACAUUCGAAAAAAGAACUGGUGCAGGAUAAAUUGGAUAAAUUUAAAAAGGGCGAAAUUCUUUACGGAUUUAUUGUAGAUGAGGUAUCAAAGAUAGAUGAGCUAUUUCUCACUGCAGUGAGAUUAACACACCUGAGCACAGGUGCGCAAUAUCUGCAUUUGGACAGGGACGAUACUAACAAUGUAUUCUCCAUUGGAUUUCGUACGACUCCCAUGGAUUCCACUGGUUUACCUCACAUAUUGGAACAUACUACCCUGUGCGGUAGCGAGCGAUAUCCCUGCAGAGAUCCGUUCUUCAAAAUGCUGAGGAGAUCUCUGGCUACGUUCAUGAACGCUAUGACAGGGCCAGACUAUACCAUAUAUCCAUUUUCGACGCAAAACCUGAAGGACUAUCGCAAUCUACAAUCGGUCUAUUUGGAUUCUGUCUUCAAGCCAAAUCUGCGAGAGUUAGAUUUCCGACAGGAGGGUUGGAGACUGGAGCACACGGACGUCAACGACAAAAAUUCUCCCAUCAUAUUCAAAGGCGUGGUCUUUAAUGAAAUGAAGGGUGUUUUCAAUGACAAUCAAGCCAUUCUAGCGGAACGUCUGCUGAAUUCCAUUCUACCAAAUCAUACGUACUCGGUAAUUUCUGGCGGCGAUCCUCUCAUCAUACCUAAUCUGCAGUAUGUCGAUCUCCUCAAUUUCCAUAUGAAGUAUUAUCAUCCCUCCAAUUCGCGCUUCUAUUCAUACGGGAAUUUCCCGUUGGAAGAUCAUUUGAAGUUUAUCAACGACCGAUAUCUCUUUCUAUCUGACCGGAUAGAUGCUUCCAUGUCGGAAGUGCCACCGGAGAAGCGGUGGAACGAAGCUAGAAAGGAGCACAUUGCAUGCAGACCUGAUCCACUACUCGCAGAUCCUAGCAGACACGGCUCUAUUGCCAUAUCACAUUUGUGUAACGAUAUAACCGACAUACAGACGACCUUCGAGAUGUAUGUGCUGUCGCAACUGUUGCUCAGAGGCCCGAAUUCGGCAUUUUACAAAUCUCUAGUCGAAUCGGACAUAAGCACUGGCUUCGGUCCGGUCACGGGUUUCGAUUCGCAGUGUAAAGAUACAAUGUUCGUCGUAAGUCUGCAGGGUGUAAAGCCCGAAAGCUUCGAAAGUGUCGAGAGUAUCUUCGACAACACCGUGGAAAAAGUUAUCGACAAGGGAUUCGAGAAGGAUCACAUUGAAGCUGUUUUGCACGGCAUCGAACUUCAAGUCAAGCAUCAAACGUCAAAUUUCGGGCUAAAUCUGCUCUUUAAUCUGACAUCCUUGUGGAAUCACGACGGUGACUUGAUACAGUCAUUGAGAAUCAACGACGCGGUAAAAAAACUCACAUCGCGGAUGAGGGAAGAUCCCAAGUAUCUGCAAAGUUUGAUCAAAACUUAUCUCAGAGACAAUAAUCACAGAUUGACGUUGACUAUGUCGCCCGAUGAGAAUUACGAGCAGAAUAAAGCGCUCGCUGAGCAAGCAUUGCUGAAAAAGAAAGUGGAGGAGCUUUCCGCGGAAGAGGAGGAACUAAUUUACGUCAAUGGAAAAAUCUUGCUUGCUGAGCAACAGAAGAAAGAGAACGUCGAAGUCUUACCGACACUGAAGAUGGAAGAUUUGAGGGCCGACGUGGAGAGAUACAAUACGUCCAAUCUGGAGAUAUCCGGAGUGCCUCUUCAGCUGUCCGUACAGCCGACAAAUGGUAUCUCCUAUUAUCGAGGAAUACUCAACACGCAGGCGCUGCCGACCGAAUUGAAGCAACUGAUACCGCUCUUCAACUACAUUAUCGCUAAGAUGGGCACACAGAAUUACGAUUACAGAAGCUUCGAUCAGAUGAUGCAGCUGAAGACCGGCGGUCUGAAUUUCGCGAAUCACAUUGCUGAGAAUAAGGAAAGCGAAUUGAAGUACGAAGAAGGGAUUCUUGUAGAAUCGUAUUGCUUGGAUCGCAAUUUGAGAUACAUGUGGGAAUUAUGGACGGAAUUGUUCAAUAAUGUUAAACUGACCGAUCCUCAGCGAUUUGAGACGCUUGUAAAGAUGAACGCGGCUGACUUAAUCAACGGCAUCUCGCACGCCGGUCACAUGUACGCGAUGAGUAGCGCCGCUAGUCUGGUCUCUCCGAUAGCUCGGGCCAAAGAAAAUCUUUCUGGAUUGCAGUAUGUGGCGAGGAUGAAGAGAAUAGCUCAGAUACGCGAUCUGUCCUCUCUGAUACCCAACAUGCAGGAGAUAGCCGAACGCGUCUUGAAUAAGCAACACUUGCGGUCGUCCAUUAAUUUGUCUGAGGAACACAAGGACAAUGCUCUUGACCGUAUUCGUGCGUUUUAUGAAUCGCUAAAGGGUUCUCCGGAGAAUUCGUAUGUCAUCACCAGCGAUCAGAGCAAUGAAACGAGUGAAAGCGGUAAUCAUCAUGUACUGCCAUACACAGUGAAUUAUUGUUCCAAGGCCGUUCUGACAGUUCCUUAUAUGAAUCCGGACUAUGCCCCGUUACGUGUACUUUCCAAGUUAGUCACCUCGGUAUACCUGCAUCCGGAGAUUCGAGAGAAAGGCGGAGCUUACGGCGGAGGUGUGAAAUUGACGUCGGAGGGAAUCUUCUCCUUUUACUCUUACAGAGAUCCGAAUUCCACUCGUACCUUUGAUUUGUUUGACAAGACAUACGAUUUUUUAACCGAGUACUCGUUACCCCAAAGCGACAUAGACGAGGCAAAACUGGGAGUUUUCCAGCAAAUCGACGGUCCUAUUCCUCCCAGCAACCGUGGCAUGACUAAAUUUACCCACGGCAUCACAGACGAUGAUCUUCAAAGGCAGAGGGAACAGCUGAAGGCUGUAACUAAGGAUCAGCUUUUGCACGUGGCUGAAAAGUAUCUGAAACCAGGUCAAAAUGGUAUCAAAAUCGGUCGUUCACUUAUCGGACCUACGAAUGCCGAUAUUUCGAAUAGGCGCGCGGAAAAUUGGAUGGUAUUAAAUCAGGAAGAAGCAGACCAAGCAUGAGCCACUGAAUAAACAUCAAGACGUUAUUUUUGUUAUUUGGUAUACAUUUGACGUUAAGUAUUAGAACUUGAAAAGAGAUAGCACAUACGUUAAUAGUACAUAACAUUUGUUAAAUAAUUAUUGUAAUUUAUGCUAUAUUUUGUACAUUAAAAACGUAUCGUAUAGUAAAGAAAAUGAAAAAAAAAAAAAA